UCUUGUCACCUUCGUAUUGUGCCUGGUGCUAAAUUUAUCACCACAUGUGUAGACAAACAUGGUUCUGGUGAUCUCCAUGAUCUCGGCUCAGUGCUAGUGUGAUCAUUUGUGCUUGAUAGUCGGGAUAGGGAAAGAACUUUCAGAAGGACUCAAGUGCCGGCCAACCAGAGGAAUAUCUUGAAAAUGCAUAAUUAAACAGGUACAGAUCUUGAUGGAUGCUCAUACAUAUUGAUUGCAACCAAUAAUUACAUGAUGGUUGCAGAUUAUGGGAUAAAGGGAUGAAGAUGUUUCAGAGGAGGAUCAAGAAAAUAUGUUACUGCGGAGUGUGAAUGUUGUGACAGAUUACUCGUAAUUCCCAAAGGAGAAUCUCAUACAUCACCAGGGAUGACAAAUUCAACGUGGCUUAAAAGGACACUUCAGGAACUAGUCAACUGGAUAUUUUUACAAUGAAUAAACUUCAUACGACAAUGAAUAUUGGAUGCAGUGGCUGAUAUAGUUUUAUUGUGACUUACAGGAGGUGGUGAAUUAGUAUGCAACAGUUGGCUCAGGAAACUCCAAAUUGCCCAUUAGGGAGCCACACUUUACUGAACUCAAAUAAGUUAAAUGAUGGUUCUAAUCAACACUUCGUAUUCAGGACUUCCAUAAACGUGUGUGGAUUAGACCAAUAAAACAGUGCAUAACUAAGAUGAACAAAUUCUUUGAAGUUCAAUUUUUCACGGAGUUUCCAACAGUUAAUUGACGCUGCAAAUAAUACAUUGAAAAGAAAUGCAAAUUCUACAUUCUAUGGAAGCAUUUCCGAUUUCGUGGUGUGAUUGAAAUGUGUGCACAUUAGCAGAUGAGAUUGUACCAAACCCAAUCAUUCUUGUCAAGUUUUGAGGGCUGUUAAUGUAAUCACUCUAAUGUGCCUUGAACUGUUGAUUGCUCUUCGGGCAUGUAGGACAUCAAGAAAUCAAGCCAUUUACCAUCAAGGAACGGAAAGAAUUCAUCGCGAUGAUAGCGUAGUCGUUAGACAUGCAGAACAGGCAACAAACCAAUAAUCACCCAGAAUGAAUCAAUGUGGUCAGGGUAUUCGAACACUAAGUGGCAGCCGCGGUACCGUUGAUGAAAUAAGUGAUUCCUCCCGCUCUAAACAGGCUGAUUCCCUGGUACAAUAUAUUCUAACAAUUGAAUUGGCGAGCUUCUGGGGUAAGUGAUCAGACACAUCACUAGACUACUGGUGCAAACUAACAAUUCAUGAAUCGGGAGUCAGUAAGUUUUCAGAAUCAAACCGUGAAGAUCUGAGAAAAGAAGUUCAAAAACUGCUUUAAAAUCUUUCACAAUUUCUUUGUUGGCUUUGACUAAGUUAAGCUGUGCCGUUCCUCUCGCGAGAUACUCACUAAUGGAAAUCAAUACAUUUUAUAAGGAAAUGUAUUGGUUUGUGCACAAUAAGCGGUAAAACAUGGCCAAUUGGCGUAAUGCAGGCUAAUUUGCAGGAGCAGUCGGGCCAUUUGGCUCUAAACAUAUUAGGAAAGUCGUCAGAUGUUUAUUGACAGUAUCGGAACUCGGAAGGAAGAAAAUUGGUCAGCGGAUCCACUGGAGUUGUUAUCUUACAUAUAGUGCUGUGACAGAGGCAUAGUUUGCUUUUUCAUCACCCAAGGAACUAACAGAUGUGUGGAAAGCAUAUUUGAGAAUAAGGUAUUGAAACAGUUGCACGCAGGAUGUUGCAUAAUUUCUACUGGAAGACUACAGAGGUUUGCGAAAAUAUACGAAUCAUUGCUGGUGGAAUUUUAAGGCAUUAAACCAAAAUAUUUAAGAUUAUGUGUGACAAAGUUUGAAAAGUGUACACUUUUAAUUUCAAUGAAAUAGUACCAGCUGAAAAUGAAAAGUGAUAUUAGAUUCUGAUGAGAAGUUUCCAUCUUACUGCCAAAAUGGUAUUCAUUGGGAAAUUGCGGAGAUGGCGAAGGAAAAGUUUUAUGGUUGCCAUGGGAACUAUUAGUCUCAUCAUGAUUUUCCUAAUGGUCAGUAUUAAUAGCUCGCAUCAAAAUUAUCGAAUACCAAACGAUUAUGACGUUCACUACAUGGAGGUGCCAAAAAACCUCUUGGAUUUGCAAGCUGGUGUUAAGACCAAACAACGUGUGUACCAGCAAAGUAUUGUUCGGAGUGCUGUUCAGGAAAAUGGGGUAAAUCAUAUGGAGCGACAACCGAAAUCAAUGAAAAGUGGCAAUCCAUACGUGGAUAGUGAAAGUUAUCAGCAGAAUUCGAAAUUACACCCUGAACUGAUCAAAGCUCUGUCAAAAUUUUCGAAUUUAGGAAAUAAAGGAUUGAAAGUGAACCCUCGGGGCCUACAAAAUUUUCCACAGAAGCCAAUGGUUUUGAAAACAGUGGAUAUAACAGAUAAAACAAGAAGUCCUGAAGAUGCAAAUUAUUACGAAAAUGACCGCGAUAUUGAUAAAGUUGUGCUCGAGGAGGAUACCUCAGAUGACACUGAUGACGGUUAUGGUAACAAGGAGUAUGCAAAUCCGCCGUUUAAAAUGUCUUAUUUUGAAAAUAUUUCGAAUUACAUGCCAACUAAACCAGACAUGCAGUUUGAAGAAGUGCAGCCGAAGGCUGGGACCCAACAUUCCAACAAUCAAAGACAAGUUUCCAAAUAUUCCAUGGGAGAGCGCCGCCACAUGCAAAUUAGGCACAUCACGAACAACAAAGAUUCUGAUUAUGUUAAACCAUUGAAUGAUAUCACCAAAACUACUGAUAGAAAUAAAAUUUUACUGCAGCCUCCGAAUAGGCCUAAUGAUUUUAAAACGACUAUUGCCAAAAAUAUCCCAAGGACUUCUGUUGUGUGCAAUAAGAAAGGUGAAUGCCGGACACUACCACUGCCUAAAAAGGGACCAAGUCCCAAACUGCAGAUAACAGAGAGUGCUAAUAGUGCCAUGAAAAGUACACGUACACGCACAAAAACAAGAGAAAUCAUUCCAAAUAUACAAACUAAAAAUAGACACCAGGCUUUGUUGCCAAAAAAUAAAUUAAAGUUGUCACAAUUUUUACGAGCAAAUUAUGACUUUGAUGAAAGUUUUGACAACAGAGGGAAUCAGACGAAGUUAAAACUUGUGACCAUCAUGGAGCAGAGGAUGAUUGAGAAGAAAGCUAGUAGAGACUUCAGUAAUGUGACACUAUUCAGUGAUAAGCAGGUACCAAUCGUGGAAGAUAGGAUAUACUGGGCGAGGGAGGUGGAGAAACUGUUACCAAAAGGGAUCACAUCAGAAGAAAUAGCCAAAUUUCAGUCAUCAGUGAGAAACAUGCAUAUCAAGCAAAUGUCACAGCCAUUAUGGAAUAAAUGUGGUCGCCCCAAGAACCAGUAUAUUGUGAUGGAGAAUGGUGUCUCAAUGUGUGCGCGGUACAGGCAUCCUCAUGACAAUUUAAUCCAAGGAGAAGUCCUGUCAUUCUACCUAGCUCGCUUCCUCGGUCUCAACAAUGUGCCAAUAGUAGUGAUGUCCCAGGUCAAUACAAGCAACCAGGCCCAGUGGCAAGGCCACGACAUUGAGAAAGCAAGAUGGGAAGAGGGACGAUAUGUAGCACUCAUCCAAUGGAUCCCGGAUCUCCAACUGGCAGGAUCUUGGGUGAAGAUCCCCACCCCCUUGCUCAAAGCCUAUGAACAACAUAAGGUGCUAGACUACAGAUCAGCCGACUUGCCUCAUCUAUCCAGCCAGCAGGUGAUGGAAUUGGCUCAGUGGAGUGAUCUUAUUCUAUAUGACUAUAUCACAGGCAACUAUGACAGAGUUGCCAGCAUGCAAGAUGGUGCAGACCAAAACAAGAACCCAAAGGUGAUGCAUGAAAAGAUUCGGAACCUGCGCCGAUCGCCAGAGACAAGCAGCUUAUGGCUCUUUGACAAUGAAAGUGGUCUCUUUGAUGGUUACGAGCUUAUGUAUCCACACAAGCCACGGCCGUCGGCGAAAAAAUUUAUCGACUUUCAUAAGACAAUGCUCCAGUCAAUAUGCAUAUUUCGAAAGUCGACUAUGGAUAAUAUUCGGCGUUUAACGACCAGUAAUUCUCCGCAGGAAACGUUGAUCUCAUUUGCAGCCCAACACGAGCCGAUGCUGCACAGACUACGCAACAUUCACUAUCAUCGGCAAUUCAUGACAUAUUUUAAUGAAAGGUUAUACGAAGUGAGUGACUGGAUUGAAAGUUGCAGGAAACGAUAAAGUUGCAAGAUUUGUAGGGACAAAAUAAUUUAUGCAUUUAAAAGGGCAAGAUAAUCUCUUAUCUCUAGACCACAAGCAUUUUUGUCAAUGUCACUCACUGAGAAAAAACGCCGCUGUAAGAAACCCCCAUCACCAACUUUUUCUGCUGCAUGAAAAACGAUGAAAUACCAACUCUGUUUAAGGUAAAGCAUGUGCGGCAGUUCCAAUGCAGGCUUUAAAGUUUUCUUUUAACUUUCAUAAAGCCAAUAGUUUAAAAAACUUGUUUGUUGAUUAAUUUCUUGCCAUUGAUUUUGGGUUCUGAAGUCUGUAAAAGAAGCAGAUACAAAGCACCCGCUGAGAAAUAAUCAAGAAAACGAAUAUUCAAUAAUUUCAGUUCAAAGACCAGUCAAUUAUGAUAUCGAAGAGAACAAUGCAGCAUGAAGCAGCAUAAAACAAUUGAGAGCAAUUCAAAAACCAUGACAUAAUAAUGGCAAAUAUUAAUUCCUAAGCUGAGAAAUUUAACUACUUACGUGAAUAAUCAGCAUGGAUGGGGGGGGGCACCCUAAUGGUGCAAUUAAUCCACAAAACUUACCCUAAGAAAGGUGAUCUGAAAAUGAAGGUAACAUUGCAUAGAAUGAAAUUCUUUCUAGACAUUUUUUCAAGUGCACUGGAAUUUGAUAAAUAGAAAGUUCAUCCUACACAACGACAAGCAUAUGCCUUAGUUUUUUUUGUUAACCUUGUUAUAUUAUUAAGUCAUCAAAAGAAUCAGACAUAUGAUAACUUGAUAACUCUGGCUAUUUUUAAAGACUUACCUUCACAAGCUUUCUGUUUCUCCAAACUGUCAUGUGAUCUUGUCUUUAAGAAAUAGUCAGGAUGUUUCCCUGGUAGUCAAGAUGCUUCCCUGGUAGUGUCAACAAGCAUUGUAUCAAGUCCUUUCAAUCACGUUGGUAUAUAUCUGCAAGUGCCACCACCAAAUGAUUUCUCAAGUUCUGAGUCAACCAAACCUUUUCAAACUUUCAUUUCAAAUCUCAAUUUCCACACUUUGUGCAUAUCUCUCUAUAUUCGUCAUGCCAAAUGCUUCUUAUGUAAAUACUUAUUUGUAUAUAUAGUGAGAAAAGAUGUGAAAUAAAUUAUAUCUCAAAAUGAGUA